CAAGUUUACAGUUUUAGAGGCAAGAUGAAAGGUCACUAAGGAAAAAUGCCCAAUCUUUCCCUAUUAAGCCGUGGUACUGGACAGGUGGUCAAAAAAACCCAGGAGAAAUUGGAGGUGCACUUUGAACCAGAGGAUUAUCUGAACUGGAAGUCUCAUGAAGGUUACUGCCAUGUCAGCAGAUUACUGAAUGAGAGGCAGUUUAUGAAGGGCUGCUGGGGUGUGUAUCUUCCUAAAACCUACAGCACAAAAACUGGUGCGCUGGUUCUCUACUCUGAAGAUUUAGCAGAGCCAUCAUGGAAACAAAGAGGAGGGAGAAGUGGCCAGCAAGGCCUCAGACACAGAAGGAAUAAGCUACAGACUGAAUUGCACACGCUCCAAGAUUUGACAAGAGCCAUUUUGGCAUACGGAGGCAGACAGAAGGAUCAGAAAGGGACAGCUUGGCAUCCACACCUCCAUUUCCUGAAAAAGCCGGAUAACCAGAUUGAUCGACAGAUUCGCCCAGGCUAUUCAGCCAAGAGGUACCUCUUCAGACUCUCUCAGACCUGGGAUCCUAGCAUUAUAUACAGGCUCCAGUGUGCAGGAUAUAUCAGGGACCCUUUAUUGCUUCAGAAUUCCCUAAACACACCAAAUCACAGAAUAGGACAACAGGACCUGUCAGCUGUACCCAAAAAAUAUCACCUCCUGCCUGUGUUCCCAUCUUUCUGGGCUGAGCUAAGCCAACACAUCCAUCCAGGCCAAAGUUAUUCAGUUCAGAAGAAGGCCGAGAACAGAGAAAACCGGGUGGAAGGACAUGAAGUAGAAACACGUGGCCAGAGGAGAGCUCGAGUACCUGUUCGGGUUUCAGUGAAAAGAUUGAGUCUAGAACUCAGACCUUCACCUGCAAAGGAGGCCACCUGGAGUCAGAAUGCAGCAUGCACAAAGGUCCCACAGGGCACAGAGGUGGAAGAUCACCAAGAUGUGGAGCGUGCAAUGGAGGGUCAAUGGCACGGGGAAAAGCCACACCAGACAGAGAGUCAAGAGUACCAUGAAAAGCUGAACCAAAUUGUCAAGAGCUCUGUUGGGAAUGCCACUAUUGAUACUUCUCAACUUUUGAGUGAGAGAUCCUACAUGACUUUCUAUGGAGGCUAUUUCGCUGGAAGAAAAAAGCCCUACAGUGUUAAACAAGGGCAUCUGAAUAACCAGGAUGGCAAAGAAGAAGGGCACCUUAUUGAAACAGGUUUUUUCCCUCCUAUUCAGUCUGCCAUGGACUCGGUCAGGGUGGAACACAGAAAGCAGGCGCCAGAGACUUUGAAGUUCCCUUCAAUCUCAGAAGAAUCACCCAGAGCCCAAGUGCCCCACAGGAAACAAUUUAGAUCCAGUGAUCCGCCAAAGGAGCUUCUGAUCCUGCCUUUGCUUAUUCAGUUGCAAACCCAGCCCGAGACCAAAGCAAAGAAUCAAACAGCAGCUUCUUGUGACAAGUCCAGAUCAGAGGCUGAUGACGACUGUGAGAAGUUGUUGGCUCCUUCACCACAUGAUCUCAUUUCUGGGCCAGAGGGUACAACUGAACAGCACCAAAUAGUCAUUGGCGAAAACCCAGAGAUACAUCAAGGUAGCUUCUUCCUACCUCCAAUAACCAGUCGAAAGUUCACUCUGGAGGGGAGGAAGGCAGGAAUAAGAGGGGUGAAUGCUGGAAAGGAGGGCCACUAUAAAAGAGAUGGUGAUUUAUUCACCCAGAAUGCAGUCCCAAGAUUAGAUCUGCUGCCCCCUAUAUACGGAAAGAAGGGUCCAGGGAACCAGAGUAGCAAGACAAACUUCAAAACGUUCAGCAGCAGCACUAUGACCAGCAGCACUUCUAAGCCUCUCCCGAUAGGAAUCACUCGUGGCACCCUACCAGAAGAGCUGAGAGAGUGUUAUAAUGGUACUUCACUAGGCAGCCUCAUAAUGGGUCCUGAUGGAGAAAUUGUCUGUCUGUCCCUCUUGGGAUCUGUCCAAGAUGCAGAAGUUCCUGCUCAGUUUAGCUUCGUUCCAGAUAAAGGAGACUGUGGAUUACCCCUUAAAACAGGAACCAGCCUUCAUAUAAAUCCACAUGAAACCUCCCCUUUGAGGCAAGAAAUGAAUGACAAGAAAUGCUCCAAGUCCUUGGGAGCAGCUGUCCUCAAGAAAGGAGAGCCUCAGAGUUUUAUAAAGAAAAAGCUGGAAGUCACCCUGCCCUUAGAAGCAGCUGCCCUGAAGAAAGGAGAUUCUGGGGUUUGUACAGCUAAAGGUCUGGAAAUUAGAACACAACAAGGAUAUAGACACUGCAUAGAAAAUGAACAUAAAGGAAAUGGGGGCUCUGUUCCUGAAUUCAAAGAGAAGAGCCAACAUGGCCAAGACAGUCUCUCUGGACACCUCAGGUUGACACAGGAUCAACACACUAAGUUGUGCUCUGACUCACCGAUGCAUUCCAACGGUGUAACACAGACACCUGGAGCAAAGCAGCAGGAGGACAGUAACUUUGUGAAAGAUCCAGGUAGGCAAAUGGAUGGAGCACCUGGAUCCCAUAGUAUUUCACACCCAGGAUCCUAUGGAGGCCAUACAGUGAGCCCUACUGAAGAAAUGGGUCAAGACUCUGAAUCUGGUAACUAUCUCCUGGGACCUUCCAGUCACAGGCCGAUGCUACAAGAGAAUGUUGGAGUAGCCAUGAGUCAUUCUGAAAAGCAGCAUGUGAUAGAGAGAGAAAAGACCACCCAGCCAAAGGAGCUCUGCAAGCAAACGACUGCCAGCGUCAAUGCUUUCCAGCACACAGAAGUUGCAAAGAACAAAACCAUGAAAAGGCAGAGAAAUGAAUUGACCAAGAUGGACCCAGUAUCCAAAGCACAGAAAAAAAGCGGUAACAAAGACAAACGACACAGCAGAGAAGAAUUUGUUGUUGGAAAACCAAGAGAGAAAAAGGCCGAUGAGAAAAGAACAUCUUCUCUCAGGAAAAAGACUACUGGAGUCAAAAGACCAGAGACCAUCCAAGAACCAAAGCAUAAGGAAGAAGGGCAGGAAACAGAAGCAGCAGCAGAUCAGAGCAGUGCAGCUGCUGGAGAUGAGGAGUUAUGUGAUGACAGGAGCCCUUCUCCCUUCAGCUCUCCUAUUAAAGACCAUUUGCUCCCUCCAGAGAGCCCUCAGUUUUGUUCUGAGCAUUAUGACAGUCCUUCUGGUUCUAGUCCAGCUCACGAAAAAUUUACUCAGACUCACCCAAUAAUCACCACAGUUAGUGGCACUGAAUUGGACGCAGGCAUAAGCAAUGAGGUCUCAGAGGAUCUCCCUAGAAAUCAGCAGGAGGAGAAAUUAUCACGGGACAGAAUGCGAGCAGAGAAGGCACAGAGAAGACGGCUAGAGGUAGAGAGGAAAAGAAGGGAACAGGAGGAACAGAAAUGGAAACAGCAAGAGCAGCAGGAGCGUAUGGAAAAAAUGAAAGAAGAACUGGAACAGGAGCAGAAGAGAAGGGCAGAGGAGAUGCGUUUACGGAAACAGGAGCUAGAAGAACAGCACCAGCGCCAGGAGGAAGAGGCAGCGAGGAAGCUACAACACGAGAAAGCAGCACAGGAACGUAUCCGACAGCAGCAGGAGGAAUAUCGCAGAAAACUUCUGGAGCUGCAGAAGAAGAGACAGCAGGAGGAACAAGAACGUGCAGAGGCAGAAAAACGCAGACAGAAAGAAAGGGAAAUGUGGCUAGAGGUGGAACGACAACGGCUAGCAGAGAUGGCAGAAGAAGAACGCCUGGAGUAUAAAAGAAGGAAACAGGAGGAGGAGGAACAGGCAAGGCGUGAGGCCGAGGAAAGGAGGAAGAAAGCGGAAGAGGCAGCUAGAUUAGCUUUGGAGGAAGCAAAGACACAAGCACAACUUCUAGCCAGGCAAAGAGAAGCUCUGGAGCAGCACCUGCGAUUCCAGAGGGAAUUGCUAGUGGAAGCCAGUGGACUGGAACAUACACAGCAAAUUUCACGGCCAUGGGUUUAUUCUUAUUUUCAGCUGCUCCAAAUACUAGGCCUGGAGACAGCAAAAGAAAACAAAUAAAUGCGAGGAUACUGAGAGGAUAGGGGUUAUUGCAGUGGACUCUUCCAAUUCACUGAAUCCAAUUAAGAGUUCUCUUGAACUCGUCCAACCCAAUGGGAAGUACAAAACAUGGCCUAAGACUUCCCUAUUCCUUCUUGGGGAGAUAUUUUCUCUUCUAAAUCCACUUCCCCAGUAGAUAAGAACGCUUUAUAUGCUCAUCCAAUAGGUGGGAAAGCAAGCACUCAGGAUGCUAUAGUUAACCAAUAGACAACCUAAUUAACAGCCUGAGUUAGCCCUACAGUCUCUUGUGGCCCAAGAGCAGACUUCUCCUACCCUGUGUCCCCCUCCCAGAUUCUCAGGACCAUUCCGUAGAAGCAGGGCAGUACUUUUCCACAAACUUGUGGAGGGUAUGAGAGCCUCUCUGACAUGAAGGAUCCUCAGGCCAACUAACUUAGCUAUGGUCAUCAGAUCCAGAAACAGCUAGAUUUUAUGCAUAUUAGCAUCAUGCAAUCCCAAGAAGCCAAC